GUCAGUCUCGUCAGACCGCGUCCUCCGCGUCUUUUCAGAAAACAUUCCCUCGGGAACCAGUAAUACUAUAGAACAGCACAUGAUUACGACAUGAGCAGCCUGAAAGUAGCCAUCAUCGGCCAGAGCACCUUCGCCGCCGAGGUGUACAAGCUGCUGAAGAAGAAUGGCCACACCGUCGUCGGGGUGUUCACGAUCCCCGACAAGAACAACCGGGAGGAUCCCCUCGCCACGACGGCCGCCGCGGAGAACGUGCCCGUGUUCAAGGUGAGGGCCUGGCGCAAAGCCGGGAAGGCCAUACCGGAAGUGCUCGAGCAGUACAAGAGGGUCGGCGCCGAACUCAACGUGCUGCCGUUCUGCUCGCAGUUCAUCCCGAUGGACGUGAUCAACUACCCCAAGCACAAGAGCAUCUGCUACCACCCGUCGAUACUGCCCAAGCACCGGGGCGUGAGUUCCAUCAACUGGACGCUGAUCUGCGGCGACAAGGAGGCGGGCUUCUCGGUGUUCUGGGCGGACGACGGCCUGGACACUGGCCCGCUGCUCCUGCAGAGGACCUGCCCCGUCGAGCCGAACGACACCGUCGACAGCCUCUACAACCGGUUCCUCUACCCGGAGGGCAUAAAGUCCAUGGCCGAGGCCGUGGACAUGGUCGCCGCCGGCACCGCCCCCGCCUCCCCGCAGCCCGAGGAGGGCGCCUCGUACGAGCCCGCGCUCGCCAAGAAGGAGCUGCAAGCGAUAAACUGGGCCCAGCCGGCGCAGCGGAUCCACGACUUCAUCCGCGGCAUGGACAGCGUGCCGGGGGCGCUGACGACCCUGGACGACCAGGAGGUGCGGCUGUUCGGGUCGACCCUGUGGCGCGCGGGGGAGCCGGCGGGAGCGGCGGUGCGCGUGGGCGAGCACCAGGGCAGGGCCGUGGUGCACGAGGAGGGCCUGCUGGUGUUCGGCAGCGACGGCGCCAUGGUGAACGUGCAGAGGCUGCAGGUCGGCGGCAGGAUGAUCAAGGCCGCCAACUACGGCCGCGCGGAGGAGGCGCGCGCCGCGCUCACCCUCAGCGACGCCGAGGCGGCCAUGGUGGCGGCGCUGGCCGGCGUCUGGAAGGGCAUCCUCAACGUCGACGUCUGCGACGACACGGACUUCUUCGCGACGGGCGCCGGCUCCAUGGACGUCGUCAGGUUAAUGGAGGAGAUAAAAGAGAAACUGAAGGUGGAGCUGCAGAACGAGGACUUGUUCAUGGCGACCGUGUUCAGAGAGUUCGCCGAUGUCGUCGUGCUGCAGUCGCGAGGGGGCACAGCCGCCGAGGUGACGUACGACGCAAUCUCCCUGCACGUCAACAACAUGGACGUCAAGUUCCCGCACCAGCUCUUCAUCAACGGCCAGUUCGUGAACGCGGAGAGCGGGAAGAAGUUGGUGUCGAUCAACCCCGCUGACGAGUCCGUCAUCUGCGAGGUAGAAUGUGCUUCAGUUGCAGACGUCGAUAAAGCAGUGCAAGCAGCGAAGAAAGCAUUUGAAGAAGGCGAGUGGUCGAAGAUAAGUGCUCGGGACAGGGGACGACUGUUGCUCAGACUUGCGGACCUGAUGGAGCAGCACAAGGAAGAACUGGCCACCAUCGAGUCCAUCGACUCGGGCGCCGUGUACACGCUGGCGCUGAAGACCCACGUGGGCAUGUCCAUCGAGACGUGGCGCUACUACGCCGGCUGGUGCGACAAGAUCCAGGGCUCAACGAUCCCCAUCAGCCACGCGAGGCCCAACCGCAACCUCACCUUCACCAAGAAGGAGCCCAUAGGGGUGUGCGGCCUGAUCACGCCGUGGAACUACCCGCUGAUGAUGCUGUCGUGGAAGAUGGCGGCGUGCCUGGCGGCGGGCAACACGGUCGUCAUGAAGCCGGCGCAGGUGUCGCCGCUGACGGCGCUCAAGUUCGCGGAGCUGACGGCGCGCGCGGGGUUCCCCCCGGGCGUCGUGAACAUCCUGCCGGGCCGAGGCUCGGAGACGGGGAACGCGAUAGCCAACCACCCGGAGGUGCGGAAGGUGGGCUUCACCGGCAGCACGGGCGUGGGGCAGGUCAUCAUGCGGUCGUGCGCCGACUCCAACCUCAAGAAGGUGUCCCUGGAGCUGGGGGGCAAGUCCCCGCUCAUCAUCUUCAGCGACUGCGACCUGGACAGGGCCGUGAGGCUGGGCAUGGGGUCUGUCUUUUUCAACAAAGGCGAGAACUGCAUUGCAGCCGGCAGGUUGUUCGUCGCAUCCUCAAUCCACGACGUAUUUGUUAAGAAAGUUGUGGAAGAGACAAAGAAAUUGGUGAUCGGGGACCCGCUGGACCGCGCCACCAGCCACGGGCCGCAGAACCACAAGGCGCACCUGGACAAGCUGCUGGAGUACGUGCGCACGGGCGUGCAGGAGGGAGCCACCCUGCUGCACGGCGGCGCGCGGGUCGACCGGCCGGGCCUGUUCUUCGAGCCCGCCGUCUUCACAGACGUGGCCGACCACAUGUACAUCGCCAAGGAGGAGUCCUUCGGCCCCAUCAUGGUCAUAUCCAAGUUCGACGAAGGGGACCUGGACGGAGUGAUCAGGCGCGCCAACGGCACAGAGUUCGGGCUGGCGUCCGGGGUGUUCACCAAGGACAUCAGCCGCGCGCUCUACGUCACGGAGAAGAUACAGGCGGGCACCGUGUUCGUCAACACCUACAACAAGACGGACGUGGCCGCCCCGUUCGGCGGCUUCAAGCAGUCCGGCUUCGGCAAGGACCUGGGCGAGGCCGCGCUCAACGAAUACUUGAAAGUCAAGUGCGUGACCAUGGAGUAUUAGGUGUUACGUCAUCGCGUAAAACUAUCAUCAAUGUUACAUAUCAGAACAUUCCUCAAUCUAACCACUUCUUUUGGUACAAAAUACAAUCACUGUUUCAUAAUAAAAAAACUAUUAUUUUCCUA